AUGUCUAACCAACUCGCCCAGCAACUAAUUUUGGGACCGGAUACCCUUUCGCCAGUCGGGCGACCUCAGAGGCCGCCCCCCGGAGCGGACCGUCCCCAGUACCACCAUGACGAGCCACCCACGGGACCGCCCGUCGUGGUUCCGCGUCCCGACCGUCCUCUGCCCGACGGAGGUUUCCCGCCCUGCAAGGUCCAGGGCGAUAACUUCUGCGUUCUCACAAACGACUAUCCAGCCGAUUUCGUGGGUAAGAUGGUGGAGAAGAGCUUCAAGAAGAUCAAGAUAAUGUACGAGGAGCUGCAGACGGUCGGAGACCCCGAACUGUUCCCCAACCACCUGGGCACCAGCUCAGCGGCACGAGGAGCCUUUGCCUGUGAGACUGACGCUAACACGAUGAGGCCCGGCUGGGCCAAGGACGCCAUCUCGGGCGAAUGGAUGGUCGUCAUCAACACGGACGUCUUCCCGCAGAAGGUUCGCACCGAGAGUUGCAAGAAGCCCGACCAGCCGUGCUCGUUUAUCGCGCCCUUCUACGAGUCGACCUGCCAGCAGCGGUACAGCCUUCACCGGCUGCUCGCCCUGCACCCCUGGAACCCUGAGAGGAGUCCCCAGGUCACGCUGUUUAAGUUCCCGGCUGGAUGCUCUUGUCGCGUCGACGUCCGUGGUGCGAACGCGCAGGAGCAGCAGCUGUCCUACAGGAAGUGAGAGAAGAACUGUCCUUUAGUUUUCCAAGACUACUACUGAGUGUUGUCCGUCGUUUUGUUUGUUCAGAAUCGUCGUUUCGGUUUGUGACUAUAUUUUCCUAUUUGUUUCUACUUCGGUGCGGCAUUGUCACGUGUACG